AUGGUUCUGCAGCCAGCUGUUAAUGAACUGAAAUUACCUAGUACCCCUGAUAAAGUGUUGCUAACUACUAUUCGCCAGGAUCCUUUCUGGUGUACUGGAUUUAAUGUUGACCUACAGAUUUCCACCACAGAUCACCCUGAUCUUCGAUAUGACAUUACCGGAGCAUUUAGUGCCGACAACCUGUGUCUGUCCGAGUACAAUUACCCUGUAAGAGAGUUACAAGCUACAUAUCCUCACCUGCGGGACUUGCCUUUGCCAACCAUUUCCCAGGCUUGUCAUAUGAUCCUAAUUGGGUCGGAUCAUGCUGAUCUCACCUUACCACAGAAACCUGUUGUAUUCGGAGCAGAUGGAAGCCCAGUCGCCAUAUGCACCCUUCUUGGAUGGACAUUGCAAGGUCCAACUAAAGAAAUAUCACCACAGAAAGCUGUUCAAUCUUACUACACUGCCUUGGAGAGGAAAGCAACACUUAUGAAUCAUGUUGAAAGAUUGUGGCAAUUGGAUGUGCUACCUUACUCAGAGAAAAAAGUGGAGAGAUCCAAACAGGACAUUGAAGCACUACACAUGCUUGAGGCUCAAACUGAACUUGUUAUGGUGGAUGGUGUUCAGCGUUAUGCCACCCCAUUAUUGCGUGCCAAGGAUGCUCCAAAGUUUGAAGCUACUGAGGCAGCUGUGAUGCCAAUUCUCAAGCGUACAGAGAAGAGACUCGCCAGAAACCCAGAUCUAGCUGAUAUCCAUAAUCACCUGAUAGAAAAGUUAGUGACAGCUGGUUAUGUCAGAAUCCUGACUCCAGACGAAAUCAAAGGCACAGAGUCUUGGUAUUUCCCUCAUCAUGUUGUUGACCACAAUGGGAAGUAUCGACUAGUGUUCAACUGUUCGUACAACUCGGCUGAUCUUCCCGCGGAUGCUAAGUCCGAUGCUUGUGAAUUGUGGCUGAACUUUGGAAAGGAAGACUCGCUAGAAGCAACUCUUGGUCUUCAGUGGCAGUGCAAGAAUGACAUGCUCUGCUACAAGUUCCGCCAGAUUACAUAUCAUCAGCUGAACAUGAGAGUCAUGUACAAGAUCUUAGCUAGCCAAUAUGAUCCCUUGGGAUACCUUUCACCAUACCUCGCCAGGGCAAAGAUCAUUGUGCAAGAUCUGUGGAAAGGCAAAGUGGAUUGGGACACUACUAUUGAAACAGGAGAAUCUUAUGACAAAUGGAAUGCAUGGGAACGUGAACUUGCUGAUAUUAAAUUGGUGAAAAUUCCUCGAUGCUACACUCCUGACAUUGAGCUGUGUGAUAUAGCAACGAGACAGAUACAUGUAUUCUGUGAUGCAUCAGAACGUAUUUACGGAGCUGUGGCCUAUCUCCGCACAACAAUGAAAGACCAGACUGUUAGCGUCACCUUUAUUGCAGCUAGAUCCCGAGUUGCACCAAAGAAACAACAAACUAUCCCACGCUUAGAAUUGUCAGCAGCACUGACUGGUGCACAACUAGCUGAUGUUCUAUUGAGGGAGUUGACGCUACCUGUCGAGAAAGUAAUGUUGUGGAGUGAUUCCACAACUGUGCUGGCAUGGAUUCAUUCUGAGUCAUGUCGAUAUAAAGUAUUUGUGGGUACGAGAGUCGCUGAAGUUCAAACUCUUACUAAAGUGGAGAAUUGGCUGUAUGUGAACACAAAGGACAAUCCUGCCGAUUGCAUUACACGAGGACUUACAAUACAAGAACUCAUUCAAGACUCAAAGUGGUCUUGUGGUCCUGCUUUCUUGUACGAGCCACCUGAGGAAUGGACCAGCCCAGUAGUCAAACCUGUGUUGACAGACAACAGUGAAGUUAGGAACUCCUUCUGCGGAGCUAUAUUCACCAAAGCCUCAAAGCCAUUGUUUGACGACAAACAGUAUGACAGUUGGAAUGAUCUGGUCGUCACGUCAAUUGCCAAGCUACAUGGGGCGGCCGAUUCAAACUCAAUUUCCGACACUGUGGAUCAAACUGAGAAUGUGGAGAAUAAAGUCUACCGACAAAUUCAGGAGGAUUCUUUCCCAGAGGAGAUAUCGAACCUUGUCAGUGGGAAGGAGAUUCAGCCAAGUAGCCGAUUACUCCCCCUCAGUCCUGUGUAUGACAGUGAAUGUGGUCUCAUUCGAAUAGGUGGACGGUUAACAAAUGCGGAUUGUCUUUCAGAUUCUGUUAAACAUCCCAUCAUCUUAGACCCACACCACCACCUCACUAAGUUACUCAUCCGGAAGUAUGAUGAGGAUCUUAAGCACCCUGGACCAGAGAGAGUGUUGGCCGAGAUGAGACGGACAUUCUGGAUUUUACGAGGCAGAGAAGCAAUAAAAAAGCACCAACAUAACUGUACAGAAUGCCAACGAUGGCGUGGUAAACCUGUUGUUCCCAAAAUGAACGACCUUCCUAAAGCCAGGCUUCGACUCUACAAACCUGUGUUUUAUUCCACCGGAAUAGACUGUUUCGGACCGAUGUCUAUCAAGAUUGGCAGACGUGUUGAGAAGCGGUGGGGAGUUCUUUUCAAAUGUAUGACCACCCGUGCUAUUCAUUUAGAGUUGUUGGACAGUCUCAGUACUGAUGCUUUUCUUAUGGCUUUCUGGAGAUUUAUCUCAAGGAGAGGCAAACCGUUUGAAGUCCUGUCAGACCAAGGUACAAACUUUAAGGGAGCUGAUGCAGAACUUCAAAGAGCCUUUUCUAUGAUGGAACCAGUUCUGAUUGACAGACUUUCUGAACAGAAAAUUCGCUGGAAGUACAAUCCUCCAAACUCUCCACACUUCGGUGGAGUUUGGGAACGUGAGAUCAAGUCGUUGAAGUCUGCAUUGAGAGUUAUACUCAGAGACCAGUGUGUGAGCGAAGCGGUACUCCAUACUGUUUUGGUUGAGAUAGAAGGUAUUUUAAACUCUAAACCUUUAGGGUAUACUUCUUCUGAUGUGAGAGACAUUGAUCCAAUCACACCAAACCUGUUGCUUAUGGGAAGACGUGAUCCUUCGUUGCCGCAGGUGGUGUAUCCAGUGAGUGAACUUAUGGGGCGGCGGCGCUGGCGUCACAGUCAAGUGAUAGCGGACCAGUUUUGGGUUCACUUCAUCAAGUACUACUUACCUGACCUACAACUACGUCGAAAAUGGACGAAGGAGACCGGUGAACUUACCUGUGGGGACAUUGUACUGAUGGUGGAUCCGCAGCUCAGCAGAGCUCAGUGGCCAGUUGGGAAAAUUGUACAGACAUUUCCGAGCAAGAAGUUGUCCGACAUACAUGUCAAAGUGAGAAAGAAAUCUGAUGGACUGCUGAUCCGCAACCGAAUCCAUGUUAAUCGUCUUAAACAUGGACUUUUACGAGUUGAUCGCCCAGAUGAUCCGACACCUCCAGUCAACAUAGACAGUGUGGAACCUGCCAUCCUAGGUGUGGAAGAGUUACCGGAGUCUUGCAGCCAGAGGGAUUCGAAGGGAGAAGUAUCGCCAUCAUUGGACUCUGGAAACGAAGACAGCUUGUCGGUGGACGGGAAAUAUGGUCUCCCACGUUUCAAUGACGAUAACGUGGUAACGGAUUCUAAAUCACCGUUUGACGACAGGGAGAGUAGAGGAGAAACGGUGAAAGACAGUAGCGGGUACUCUCGGAGACACAUGGGGGAACCUAGGAAACUGUUGACGGAUUUAUGCCAGAACUACUACCACGAAGCAAUGAUAAGCGGCUACGCCAGGAUGGCUUCUUUCCAGGACUGGCCUGAACAACUGGAAGUCAGCUAG